GGGGAGCGCUCAUAUGGUGCGCAUCGUUGUCUCGUCAGUUGCCAUAGAUGGUCGAUCACGUGGCAGUAAGACCGGCGAGUAAAACGCGAAAUCACGAGGAAGAGCCGCGGGGCUAGUUAGAUUAGAUGUGCGCGAGUCCGUGAUGGACAACCCUAGCGGCGGAAGGGACAAUCGGUACGCAACUCUUGGAUACAACAUGGGCAUGAUGGGCAGCGAUGCUGGCGCCGAGAUGUACGGACGUCCGUCCACUUCUCAGCUGGCCGCUUCGCAGUUGGCCCGUGGUGGCGCCACCAUGAUGAACGCAGCCGCUGCAGGAGGUGGUGCUGGGGGUGGAGGUACUGGAGUUGGAGUGCAAAGAGGGAUGAAAAGAUCAUCAUCAGAUGUUUGUUAUGAAGAUGGUAAUGGUGGUCGUCAAACCAUGUCACAAAAUCAAGGUAUGGGUUUACCUGGUGAUUGCGUGCCCGAUAAUCUCGACGAGUCUUUCACGAAUUUGGGUGCUCCAAAAAAAUCUCCGCCUUCUAAUGGCAAGAAGACCAAAGGAAGAGUUAAAAUAAAAAUGGAAUAUAUUGACAAUAAACUUCGAAGGUACACUACUUUCUCCAAGAGAAAAACCGGAAUCAUGAAGAAGGCUUAUGAGCUGUCAACAUUGACAGGGACUCAAGUGAUGCUGCUGGUAGCCAGUGAGACAGGUCACGUGUACACAUUUGCUACGCGCAAGCUUCAGCCGAUGAUUACAAGCGAGGCGGGAAAGGCUUUAAUUCAAACGUGUCUCAAUAGUCCGGAUCCACCUACUUCAGGUUCAUCAGGUGACCAACGAAUGUCGGCCACUGGAUUUGAGGAGACAGAGUUGACCUACAACAUCGCCGACGAUGAGCAGAAAGAAGAAGCAGCAUCCCCACGGUCUGAUACUUGUGCCAAUGAUAGUGAGGGUGACACCAGUGAUGGCGAGACUCCAGAAACUAAGCAUUCGAUAAAAAAUCAUGCAGGAGGAAUGCCAUCAUUCUCAGCAGGAAUAAUGUACCAAAUGCCACAAAAUGUUAUGUACUCACCAAACUCUGGAGUUUUAUUAAGUAUUGGACAAAAUGGCCAACCGGUUCAAAUUUCUCCUGAUGGAAACACUUCAAAUAUCAAUUCAGGACAAGGUGGAUUAUCAUUACCAGUGACAUCGAAAGCCCAAUCGACAUCUUGUUCAAUGGCAUCAACUUCAAUUAAUUCAGAUAUGCCUUCAGAUCUUAGCAAAGAUCGAAAAUAAUAGUAGAUACUUAGGGUAUGAAUGGAAAAGUGUCUUUAUACAUCGAUCAAAUUUAUCGAUUGUCAAAAUUAAGAAAUACAUAUCCAAUAUUUUAUUUCUUAUUUUUGUUAUCAAAAAGGAAAAAAUGUUGGAAAGUAAUAAUUAAUGAUUGUUGUUUGUUUAAUUGAUGCUAUUAUGCAUAUUUUUACUGUAUUAUGUUAUAAUAUGUUGACUUUUAAGGAUAAUUGAAUUUGUUAAAAUUCAACAGGUGACUGAUAGUAAGAUUAUCUCAACUAGUCAUUGUCUUCCUACAGUAAACAAUAACUCACGAUAUUCAAUCGUGUAGGAUUUACCUUUAAAUACAAUUCAUGAAAAUUUAAAGAAUAUCGAGAUUGUCGAUAUCAGUAUAUAGGUUUUGAUAAAUAGAAUUUAUCUAGUCAAGUCUAGAAGAAAUUUUUUUUAAGUAAUUCAUCAACAUGACGAAUUAUUAUUAAUUACUUUUUCUUUAUGAUCUUUAAUUUUAAGUUGAUUAUAAUUUA